AUGGAUAGGAGCUGGGCUUCGAUAGUAGAAGAUGGCUAUUAUCUCAGAGAAUCACGAUCUACUGCACUCAUCAAAAUGACUACACCUCUUAUAUUCGUGACCGGUGCAACCGGCUUCAUCGGCUCGCAGGUCGUCGCUACUACACUCAGAGCCGGGUACCGCGUGCGUCUGAGUAUCCGCCGAGCAGAGCAGGAAGCAACCUUGAGAGAGCUCCAUCCUGGCUAUGGUGACAAGAUUGAAACAUGUAUCAUACCUGAUAUCUCUCAGCGGGAAUCAUUCAAAGAUGCCUUUCAAGGUGUAGAUUAUGUUUUCCACCUUGCCUCUCCGAUUCCCGGCGGAGGAAACGACUUCAAGCAGGACUACGUCGAACCGGCAGUCAGAGGCACCGAGGCGAUUCUUUAUGCUGCUUUGGAGUUUGCUCAGAUUAAGAAAGUCAUUGUCAUGUCUUCUGUGCUUGCGCUGGCUCCCGUGACUGCUUUGCUUACCAAGGAUAUCUCGAUAAAGGGUGAGUACCAUAAGAGAUAG